GCUUCGGCAGUGACACUCUGGAGUGAUCACACACUCCCAGCUCAGAGCCGCGAGAGAGCGGGGGGAACCCAGUCGCGUACCCGCCGCCGCCGCCCGGUGCGCCCUGCUCUCCCAGCGCAGCGCCCCAGCCUGGCGCCAGUGCCCGGAGCUGCCGCCCGCGGAGCCCUCGCCAGCUCUGCUCUCAGCUGAAGCAUCCUCCCGCCGCCCAGCGCCGCACUCUCCCUGCUAUUUAAAAGGACCUCCCGCCACUCCCUGGCUCUGCCCGGGGAUCCCCUAGUCCCGCGCUUCUCCCCGCUCCACUUCGCAGCAACUUAGGCGGCGGCGCUCAGCCAGUCUUCGACCGCCUUUGAAGUUUGCAGCGCCGGCCGCAAAGUUGAGACACUUUGGCCGAUUUAAUUCUUCUCUUUUAACUGCCUUCUCCUCCACCACCCAUCCACCCUUCACUCCGCAAGUCCCUUUGGUUCAUGAGUACUGGUGCUUAGUAUCUUGGCCCGCGCCGGGGACGUGGACUGUUGCGCACACCACACCUUGGGGGAGGAAUAUUUCUUCUCCCCUGGAGAAGCAAACAUUUUAAGGAUGGUGCCUCUCCACUGGUGUAUGCUGUGGCUGCUAUUACCACUCAGCUCAAAGACCCAGAAGUUACCCACUCGAGAUGAGGAACUCUUCCAGAUGCAAAUUCGGGACAAGGCAUUUUUUCAUGAUUCAUCAGUAAUUCCAGAUGGAGCUGAAAUUAACAGUUAUCUCUUUAGAGACACACCUAAAAGGUAUUUCUUUGUGGUUGAAGAAGACAACACUCCAUUAUCAGUCACAGUGACUCCUUGUGAUGCACCCUUAGAGUGGAAGCUGAGCCUCCAGGAGCUGCCAGAGGAGGCAAGUGGGGAAGGCUCAGGUGAUCUAGAACCUCUGGAUCAGCAGAAGCAGCAGAUCAUUAAUGAGGAAGGCACAGAGUUAUUCUCCUACAAAGGCAAUGAUGUGGAAUAUUUCAUAUCUUCUAGUUCUCCAUCUGGUUUAUAUCAGUUGGAGCUUCUUUCAACAGAGAAAGAUACACAUUUCAAAGUAUAUGCCACCACAACUCCAGAGUCUGACCAGCCCUACCCUGAAUUACCUUACGACCCAAGAGUUGACGUCACCUCGCUGGGACGCACCACAGUCACUUUGGCCUGGAAACCAAGCCCCACAGCCUCUUUGCUGAAACAACCCAUUCAGUACUGUGUGGUCAUCAACAAAGAGCACAAUUUCAAAAGUCUCUGUGCAGUGGAAGCGAAGCUGAGUGCAGAUGAUGCUUUCAUGAUGGCACCAAAACCCGGUGUGGACUUCAGCCCUUUCGACUUUGCCCACUUUGGAUUUCCUUCAGAUAACUCAGGUAAAGAACGCAGCUUCCUGACAAAGCCUUCCCCAAAACUGGGGCGGCAUGCCUACUCGAGGCCCAAGGUUGACAUUCAGAAAAUCUGCAUAGGAAAUAAAAACAUCUUCACUGUCUCGGACCUGAAACCUGACACGCAGUACUACUUUGACGUCUUUGUGGCCAACAGCAACAGCAACACGAGCACUGCCUACGUGGGCACCUUUGCCCGGACCAAGGAAGAAGCAAAACAGAAGACAGUUGAGCUGAAAGAUGGGAAGGUUACAGAUGUGUUUGUUAAAAGGAAGGGAGCAAAGUUUCUACGAUUUGCUCCAGUCUCCUCUCACCAAAAAGUCACCUUCUUUAUUCACUCUUGUUUGGAUGCUGUGCAGAUCCAAGUGAGAAGAGAUGGGAAACUUCUCCUGUCUCAGAAUGUAGAAGGCAUACGGCAGUUUCAGCUGAGAGGAAAACCUAAGGCCAAAUAUCUCAUUCGACUGAAAGGAAACAAGAAAGGAGCCUCUCUGUUGAAAAUACUAGCCACCACCAGGCCGAGUAAGCAGUCAUUUCCCUCUCUUCCUGAAGACACACGAAUCAAAGCUUUCGACAAGCUCCGUACCUGUUCUUCAGCCACCGUGGCUUGGCUAGGUACCCAGGAAAGGAACAAGUUUUGCAUCUACAAAAAGGAAGUGGAUGAUAACUACAAUGAAGACCAGAAGAAAAGAGAACAAAACCAAUGCCUUGGACCAGAUACAAGGAAGAAAUCAGAGAAGGUCCUCUGUAAAUAUUUCCAUAGUCAAAACCUACAAAAAGCAGUGACCACAGAAACAAUUAAAGGUCUUCAGCCUGGAAAAUCUUACCUGCUGGAUGUUUAUGUCAUCGGACAUGGGGGGCACUCUGUGAAGUAUCAGAGUAAAGUUGUGAAAACCAGGAAGUUCUGUUAGUUACCUCAGAUAGAGAUACAGUUCGUAGAACUCCUAGAGAGACAUGCAAUCACUUUAAGUAUAAGCUGACUACUCCCACAGCCGAGAGAAGUUGUGACCUGUAUUUGUACUAUGGAAGGAAGGAUAUCCACUCAUGUAUAUUGGUGUUCAUAUAAGUAAUUGUUGAAGGAGACUUGGUCCAGUGAGCCCCGAUGGUACCUAGUGUGCAUCUGAUAUCAAAGAUAAAGGAUAUCUUGAAGGAAUGGCCAUCCCUUGCUUUGACCACUGCAUGAACUGCUUCUAAAUUAUUUUAUUACCUAAAAGUUUAAAAUAUGCCAUUCAUUGCACACAACCACAAAUGCAAAUCAUUCCUUUCAAUAGAUGCUAGGAUAUAUAUAUAAAUUAUUUUAUAAAGUCUUGUUUUAAAUGUCAGUGUUUCUAUAAUUGUAAACUAUUAAAUUCCUUUCCUGUUAAAGUACAGAUCUAACCUAAGUAUAUUAAGUGGAAAGCCCUUUAGUCAUUUAUAUUGCUAUUGUAAAUUCUUAUCUGUUGAGUAAAAUGUUUAAAUAUGUAUCUCAUGUACAAAGUUGACAUACAUUAUAUUCAUGUAUAUAAAAUUAAAGAUACUAGAUUAUAUACUGUUCAUUUUCCCAAGCAGCUACCUUGGUGUAUUCCAUUUCUCUUCUGUCCCCAAAACUGCAACCUUUAUGUAAUUUGGCACCAAAAUUGACCCUUUUUUAGUAGUUAAAAGGCAUACCGCAUUUCUCUAAAGGUACAAUUAUUACAAUUUAUUUGUAUUUUGACACUGGGUAGGAGCUAGCUUUUGUGAGGCUUGAAACAACACCAGUGGACUUAAAAGAAUAGGACAAGUCAGACACUCUAGCUCAAUAAGUAUUCAACAAAUCGUCCUUAACCCAAAAUAUAUUACCUCUAUUUUAAAAAUAAGCCUCUAUUUUAACUACAAAAUUGGGAUAUUCCAAGUAUUUUCCAAUUGUUUAUUAGUGAAAUAAUCAUUUUGAUUUUAAGUGAAAGCAUCCUAGCCACCACAUUAGUGCUAUCAUUAGUUAUGAGAAAACUGUGGAAGCUGCUGUUGUGUUAACACUAACAGUCUGAUACUUUUAACUUUGAUUUUUCAUGAAGGAUUAAAAAGCAGUUUAGGUGUAAAAUACAAUUUAGGCAAAGAAUAAUAGAAACCAUUUAUCAAAAACUCUCCCAUCGUGGCGCAGCGGAAAUGAAUAUGACUAAGAACCAUGAGGUUGCAGGUUUGAUCCCUGGCCUCGCUCAGUGGGUUAAGGAUCUGGUGUUGCUAUAAGCUGUGGUGUAGGUUGCAGACACAUCUCUGAUCCUGCGUUGCUGUGGCUGUGGCAUAGGAUGGCGGCUGUAGCUCCGAUUUGACCCCUAGCGUGGGAACCUCCAUAUGCUGCAUGUGUGGCCCUAAAAAUAAAUAAAAAAAUAAAAAUUAAAAAAAAAAAACUGCACAAACGACAGUUUUAUACAGUUACUCCACAUUUCUGUAUAUGAUGUGUCAUGAGAACAUUGGAUCAGGAUUCAAAAGAGUCUGAGAUUUACAAUCAACUAAGCUAUAUGGUUUUAAGAAAAUCUGUUACCUCCCAUUGUCCCUCUUUCCCAUUAUAAGACUAAGUGAUGAUAGAUUUGGAUAAGAUGAUAUUUUAGGAUACCUUCUAUCAUAAGAUGUCUUUCGCAGAAUUCUAUAAUUCCAAAUGCUUCUGUAACUACAGGUGAGGUCAGGUAUAAUUCCUUAAUCACUACAUCUCCCCUACGUGCUGGCAUUCCCUUUCAUACAGUAGGCAUGCAUGAGUAACAUUCCUGUGGAGUAUAGAUCGCUAUGGCUUAGGGAGUAUAAGUAUUGGUCCUUAUGAAAAGUUCUCUGCUCACCUUAGAAGAAAAUAUCCCCCUUAAAACUGCCAUAUGUGCCAUAUGGAGUUCCCAUUGUGUCUCAGUUGUGCCACAGCUUGUGGCAACACCUGAUCCUUAACCCACUGAGUGAGGCCAGGGAUCGAACCCACAUCCUCACAGAGACGCUAUGUCAAGUUAUUAAUCCUCUGAGACACAAUGGGAACUCCAUAUGGCACAUUUUAAGGGGGAUAUUUUCCAAAAGCUGUGGCAUAGGUCGAAGAUGUGGCUUGGAUCUGGCAUUCCUAUGUCUCUGGCGUAGGCCAGCAGCUGCAACUCCAAUUCAACCCCUAGCCUGGGAACUUCCAUAUGCUGCAGGUGCAGCCCUAAAAAGAAAAAAAAGAAAAAAAAAUGUACCAUCUAAUUCAUCAGUGUUUAGAUAUGAAAACAAAAAUUAUCAUAUAUGAAACAGUGUGACACCUGAAAUACAUGUCCCCAAUGGCCUUGCAACCAACCAACUUGGAAGGAGAACUUCAAAAUUGACAAUAUCCCAGAGAUAUUCUAUCCUAAGUUAUAACUGUGGUGCCUUUGGAAAGAUAAUCAACUUUCUCAUAUUAUUAGCAAAUGUAUUAUUACAGACGAAGUUGCUAUAUGAGAUUACAAUAGAAUCAAAGAGUCAUUGCAGCUUCUGAAGGUGAUGGACUUAACUUUCAGAUAUUGCUUAAUACCUGGGAAACCCUGGGAACCAGGCCAAGUCAAUUUAACAAAGCUUUUACUUUUCAGCCAGCUGAGAUGGUGGUUUCUAUAAAGUCUGGAUUUUUCAGAGAAUUCUUUAAUGGCCCCAGUGAAAUUUGCCUUUUAAAAAUUAUAGGAAGAUUAAAUACAUAUUCUGAAACAUCUGUCACUCAUAAAAGAACAGAGAAACCUAUUAAAAAUAAAGCUGUCUUAUGUGUUUAGACUUUAGGAGCAUUCAGGUGAACUGAGGACAAGAAAGAAAAUUUUUUUCUUAAUUAACCAAAGGACUAGAAAGUAGCUAAUAUGAAAGCAGAACCUUUUCUUUAUUAAGCUCAAGGAUAGCUAUAUUGAGUACAGGGCAUUUAGAAUCUCAAGGAUAGCCAUAGUAUCGCUGAGGAAGGAGGAAUUUUUGAGGACAUUUCAUUCAAAUUCAUUAUCUUUAUUUUUCAGGUGCAAAAGGAAAUUGAAGACUAGAGAAAUAAAAAGAAAGUUCUCAUAGUCAGAUAAGUAGUGAAAUUGCUUAGACGCCAAAAUCCUUACUAGAAUAUAAAUCACCAGUUCUUGGUGGGGGGAGUGUUACUUGUGGAUUAUUUUCCAAAGGGAAAUAAACUUUUUGUCUUAUUUAUGAUUUCAAAGCAACUCAUUGUUUUUUUUUUCUUUUUUUUCAGGUUCCACCUGUGGCUUAUGGAAACUCCUGGGCCAGGAAUCAAGUCUGUGCUUCAGCUAUGACCUGUGCCACAGCUGUGGCUCUGUGGUAACACUGAGUCCUUAACCCACUGUGCCACAGGGGGAACUCCUCAAAGCUACUCAUUCUUAAAGAUCAUUUCAAAUUUCCUUAAGAAUGUGUGUAUAACCCGUAACUGACGACUUCAAACUUGUUAAAAAAAAAAAAAGGAUGGUUAUUUUUAGAGACAAAUUAUUCUUAUCUAGGUUUGCAUGCACAUAUAAGGCCAUGAGAUCAUUAGUCAAUUGUUCUAUUCUAAAAGUAUUCAGAAUUUACAAAAAAUAAUAGCAGAUGCUUUUCUUGGUUAAAUUACUUUAUGAUCAAUGUCUAGAUUAAUUGUCUUAAACAUGCAUCAGAGAAUUAGCUCUGGAAAGGACAUAACUCAUUGCUUAUCUUAGUUACUCAUAAUACAUGUGGAAAAGUUAGUUUUUGUAUCCUGAAAAGUGAAAUGAAAUGACUUCAAACUAAAAUAUCACUUAAAUGAACUUUAGAAUUUGAAAUCAGUUUAAUGGUUUUUAACAGUUUGGGAGGUCCAGACAUCUUCAAUGAAAGCACGCACAUACGCACACACUCACUUACUCACAUACUUAGUUUUGCAUACGAUUUCAAGGAAUUUAUCUGUUGGACCUGAAACCAAUUGGGAUUUCUUCCAACACUUUACUAACACCUCUUAGAGAUCAUCUAGUUCUAUUGUCUCACUUUACAGAUGAGAAAAUUGAGAUCCAACUAAGACCAGCUUCCUGUUCUCCCAGUUUAAUGGUCACUCCAAGACUUGAUUUUAAGCACUUCUUUACUCCAGAAAGCAUAUAGAGACCCACCUAGAGUAUGCAUCUUUGUCUGUCUGCACUGGCUUAUUCCAAAACAAAAACUAGCAUCUAGCCUGAAGAGCAAGAUCAUUUGGAACAUCUCCAGCCACUUCCUUCCCUGCUUUUAUAUGGUGCCGUAGAGAUAAAGUCGGCUGGGAACUUACCUUUGGGUCCUCCCUCGAGGACCCAGUGAAGUGACCAUGGCCAGAUAUCAGCCGUCCUCUGUUUAUAGUUGUCCGUAGGACCUUGAAGUCAUCAGGGCACACUCAUCAUUAUGUUUUUCCCAGGGAAUUUUGGGCAGAAAAAUAUGCAAUGUCUUGGGAUUUGGGUCUUUACUAUUGUUUUACAGGUGGGAAAUGGGAUAGAGAGAUCAAGGAAAUGGAACAUGGAGGAAGACAGUUUUAUCUAAUUUCUUUCUCUCAGUGGCCAGAGAGAUCAAGAGACAUUAGAGAUCUAAUAUAGCUUAAUUUUAUUAAGGUUUUGGAUUCUGUCCUACACACAACCUGGCACUGGAAAAUUCGACCUAGAUCACUACCCACUCUAUUAAAAUUGUAUUCUACUGUUUGCUAGGAAUGGUUGAUCAUGUAUCUGGGUAAGACUUCCUUCAUUUCUAUUUUUUGCAUUCCUCCUCCUUAACCUUUGAGAAAUAAGCAUAGUAAUCAAAGUUUAGAGAUGAAGUUACUUAGACUGGAUUUUCAUGUCCACCCUUAUAUGUCUUUCAAAGAUUGCUUAAGAUAUGCUUUUAAAGAAUAAAGCAAACAGAAGGCUAUUGAUCACCAUCACAGAAAAAUAAUUGGUUCGCAGAUUGAAGAGUGCAAGCCCUUAGACAUAGUUACGUUCCUCUGUUGCCAUUACUCAGAUAAUAAUGAUAGUGUGGCAUCAAGUGUUAGAAGAGGCAGAGAAUAGUUAGGGAGGGACAUUGAGUCCCAGGAAAGGACUCCUUAAAAAAAACAAAUAAGAAUGGUAUUCCCUUGUGGCAUAAUGGGUUAAGGAUCUGGCAUUGUCACUAAUGUGGCAUGGUUUGAUUCCUGGCCUGGAAACUUCUGCAUGCCAUGAGUAAGCCUAAAACAAAAAAACUAAAAACAAAAUAAGAAUGAAUGUAACUCAGCAUCCUAUAGUACUACAGGGGAGAAUUUUCAGAAAAGUGUAUUUUUUUCUGGAAACUUGUUAGAAACACAGAGUCUAAAAACUUUGAAGCAGGGAUACAUCAAGCAGCCUCUCAGGAUGUGGACAUGCCCCAAGACUUCAGAAUUUUGAAUAGUUUUUUGUGAGUCGAGACUAAAGUGUAUAACAGAGAAUUCAUAGCAGAUGGGUUCUUGCUAUGGGUGAUGAGAUCCAGAAAUAACAGUAAAAAUAAAUCAAUAAAUAACCAUUUUACAACUAAGAGAGGUGAUAACUGCACUGCUUUGUUUAUGAGUCUGGUAUUAUUGUCAGAAACUGGUGAGCUUUGGACAGCAAUUUCGAAAUGCUUCCAGUCUCUCUUCUUGUGAAAAUAUCCCCAAGAUUAAUAUCCAGUCAAGUUGCUAUAAUUUGGAAGGGAGCAAAUGUCCAUUGUGUAUUCAUAGUUAGCCCAUGGUAUAAUCCUACUUUUUGUAAUUGAGGCAGCACAGUAUAAAGUUGUUUUAAGAUACAUUUCACAAGACCCCCACAGUCCAAAUUUAAUUACAAUUCUGAUAGGAUUUUUCUCCUGAGAAAAAUUAUCUGUAAGAAAUGGAACCAAGUACAUUAAUACAUAGCAGGAUUAGAGGUUUGUUCAGCCUCACCCUUUCCUAUAAAGUGAACUCAGGCCUAUUAAAUAAAAUUAACAUAUUGCUCCUCUUACCAUGCAGGCUGGAAAAUUUCCCCAAUGCCAAAUCAAGGAGCAGUUUUGGGAAGCAGUGUGUUACCUCAGAAGCCACAAAGAUGUCCCAUAGGCCUCUGAAUGAUUUUUGUGCUCUUCUACAGAUCCGCAUGACUGAAGUAUCUGGAUUGUGGCUGAACCAUUUAAGAGUUACAACAACAGGAGUUCCCAUCGUGGCUCAGUGGUUAAUGAGUCCGACUAGGAACAUGAGGUUGCGGGUUCGAUCCCUUGCCUGGCUCAGUGGGUUAAGGAUCCGGCAUUGCCAUGAGCUGUGGUGUAGGCCAGCAGCCACAGCUCCGAUUAGACCCCUAUCCUGGGAACCUCCAUAUGCCACAGGAGCGGCUCUAGAAAAGGCAAAAAGACAACAAAAAAAAAGUUAUAACAACAGCUAUGGUUUGCUAUAUGAGCAAUUUGCUAAGAGCAAGGGGUUGUAAUCACCAAUAUGGCCCAUUUCCAGUGGCUGUGUUUCCACGUAAUAUAGCAGUUCAAAGUAGCCUUAGACAUUUAAGGUUUUCUGCUCUUUCUGAAUGCAGUAAGAACUUUACCUGAGAUCAGUCAAGAAGCAAGUGAAACAAAUGAGAGAGACAAACAAAUAUACAUAGUCUUUAAAUGACCCAAUAAGAUGCAACCAAUUUUAUUAUGGUAAAAUGUCAUUUUAAAAACAUGUUUUUAAGGAAAUAACUUUAAAAAUUGAUUUUUAAGCCAUUUUUAAUGGUAGUAUUGGAUAUCUCCUUCCUGCCAAAUAAAGCUUUACAUUCUUCCUCAAAUGAAUAGGCCAAGAUCUAAAUUACAGUUUGCUCAAUUUUGCCUUUUUCAAACAUCAGGAACAUAAUCACGGUUCUCUUGGCUUAUCCAUGGGUAAUCUUCAGGUAUGGAAAAGGAUGACAAAGAUAUGAAAGCAGGGUAAGAUCCCAGCACUUACAGUUAAAAUACUUGUGUUUUGUGCAAGUUUUGUUGACUAAAGGAAGAGAUCUGGACUUCAAAUACAGCUGUGUGCUGAGCAAACUUGACUGCUCUAAACACUGAAAUUCAGUUCCUUUGCCAAUUCCAUGGGCAAGCAUUCCGGAGGCCUGAGUUGAAAUGUGCAGAUAAAUACUCUGUGCUAGAGUUCUUGGUGCCAAAGCAUACAGAAUACUUGUGUUCUGCUGUGGAAAUCUUGGAAGAACAGAACUUCUGUUUUUAAUAUCUCUGAGGAUUUAAAACAGUUUUUAGACUACUUAUUACCUUUCAUAAAACUCACUCCUACUUUAAAAGUCUCUUCUUGGCUUACCUAUAUUAAAAAGAGGAAAAGAAUACUUUUUGAUUCCACUGAGUUUUGUCUUCUUUAUUGAAGUUAACCAAGCUAAUAAGAGAAAGGACAGCAGUGGAAAAAGUAUAGAAAUGGGACUCAGAAUGGGUAUUUUUAAAAAAAAAUGUGAUCUUGAGCUUUCUCAUUUGUAAAAUGAGAAGGGUGAUGAUCUCUAAGAUUCCUUUUGGAAAAGCGGGGAAACUCACAACUUUUAAGCACAUACUGAGUGCCAUGCAUGUGAAAUACAAUUAUUUAGUCCUCAUAACAACCCUGAGAUGAGGACAUUAUAAUAUUUUCAUUGAACAGACAAAGAAUCCAAAGAACAAAGGCAUUGUAUAAUAUGCCCAAGGUCACAAAGUGAAUUAAAAAUGGAUACAUCUGGCUCCAAAUGUAUGCAUCUUUUUAUUUCCAUUUGUAUGGCAUGAGCUCUCGUGCUUUUUAGUGAAUUUGCAGAAUAGAAUAAAUGAGUAAAUUGAUAAAGUGAGGAAAAGUUAAAACAUUCAAAGCUUGGCCUGGACAUUUAUCGACAAAUUAUCUUUGACAUGGGUAAAUAUGAAGAGCUAGAGACAAAAGAGAAGUACUUCACGAAGUAUCACUAAGUUCCUUACUGUGUAGAAUUUCUCCAUUUCAUGAUGUCUUACAUCGCAACAACAUUUUUUGGUAUUUGCUUAUAUAUCUUAUUAUACAGAAUUUGCUGUAAUGCUUACAUAUGAUGAAACAUGUCUGUAAUAUGAUGGCAAUAAACCUUUAUUUAAUGC